ACUCCGCCCAACUAGGCGGAGCCUGACAGAGCCUACGCAUUGCAAACUCUAAAUAAAAGCUGUUAGCAUUGUAGAUAGUAAGCCAGAAUCAACAUCGUAGACGAGGGCUUACCUAGUAAAGACUAAAGAGACUAAAUAUCUAAAUUUAGCUCAGUUUUUUUCCUGAGUUCAGAACAGACCCACUUGAUUAGUAGAUAUAAUUAUUACAGCAGUAUAGUCUACUCUACUCUAGUCUUUCAUACUUCCUCUACUGACUAAAGGUCUCACGAAGGCUGACUCUACUGCACUGUACUGCACUGUACUGUUCAUAACAGAUUAUGUUCCUGGUAAAUGCGCUCCAAGUACUGUGUGGGAGGACAGUUAUUGAGGUUUUCUCUCGCCCACGCUCGUUAAAAUUUGUCUACUUCAGUAGGGGAUCACGGGACUUAGCAAGGCAGCUCUCCUUUUUCUUAGUUGCUUCCUUCUUUCUUUCUUUGUUCCUCCAAUAUUUCUCUUCUGUGACAAAGAACAGAAAAAGGAGAGGCUGCGAAGGAGGCUAGGUAUAAGGGGCGUAUCAAAGUAAAACCAUGCGUGCAUGAAGCGAGCAGUGAAGCAAAAGAGGCCAGAGAGUUUACCGCACGCGGCCAUAUUUAAUCAUUUCCGCCUCGAGUGCCCAGGGCACGCCCCUUUUAUAGUCAGCAUGCUCGUUGAAGAAGAAGCGAAGUGUGUUGCUGGAAGAGGUGAGUUUCUUUGCUUGCUUGUAGCUCGCAUGUUUGCAGGAAUGUUACGCUAGGAAGCCUUUUUUGAAGCUGUCUAUUUGGUCAUGUUUUAUUGAUUGCUAUUGACUUGAUUUUUUUGCAGCCGUGAUACAAAAACAUCGCGAACCAUCCAGUGUGUUGCAGAAACAGCGCGAGCUUUCCACUGUGUUGCAGAACAUCGCGAGCAUUUCACCAGGCUGUGUUGCAGAAACAGCGCAGGCCUUUUACUGUGUUGCAGAACCAUCGCGAAUAUCCAGCCAUGGAAAGAUAGAGCUGGAUCAUCGGAAGCAGUGCAGGCUGCAGGAGUCAUUUAAACCUUGAAAGAACCUUGAAAGAGAUGGAAAAGUUGUCUGUAACUGAUGUGGGGAGACUCUUGAGGGAAAACUGCUUUCCUGAAACAGUAGUUUCUGCAUUCAAAGAAAACCUAAUUAAUGGCAUUGCAGUGCUUCAACUACCCAAUGACUUUGAGGAAUUUAAGCAUAUGUUGCCGCAGAGUGGAUUGAGGAUGGCACUCAAAUCUCUUCUUGAAAAGGAAAAUUGCUCCAUGAGUGGUACGAUACGUCAAAUGAGUGCCAGCUAUAAUCUGAUAGAGGAUUACAACAUGGGGGAUUUUGAGGACGAAGCUGUGGCCAACUAUCCUCUAGCAAUGCUGCCUGCAAGAAGUGAUGAAGCAGCUGAACCACCUGCUAAAAAGCCACGGACAGAAGAGUACGAAGUGCUGGCAGCACCUACGAAGACCCUACCAACUCCUUGCCCACUGGUGCUGGCAGCACCUACGAAGACCCUACCAACUCCGUGCCCACUUCCACCAGUAUUCAGUGAGAGAGUAAACAGAGCAAUAAUAGCGAAACAAAUUUACGGAAAAGACAAACUAGCAUUAAUACGAGAAGCUUCCCUCUUCUAUUAUGGUCUUUGCCCGAAUCCGAAAGGAAAUCAGUACGACGAAAUGGCUAAGGUUUUGUGUAAUAGCUUUGAGCAGCUACGAAACAAGAUUGUAAUUGACGGAUGCUAUUGGCAUACAGUGAAGCAACAGGUUACUAUGUUCUUCCGAAAUCGGAGAAGGAGGUCAGUACCGUCAGCAAUCAAACCUCUCAAGACAGAAAAGGCGCACUUAUUGCAAAUAAUUGCAGCAAAGCCAGCUGAAGCCGCUCCUGGCCAAGACUCCGUUAUCAGUGUGGACGAAUGUGCAUACGAUCGAAACCACGGUCGGUUGUGCGACCAAUUCACCAAGAAAGCGCCUAACAACGCAGCAAUUACACAGUUAAUAAGGGAGACGCACCAACAAAGAAGGAAGAGAAUUGGAGAUUCAGGUGACAAGAUGUCAAUUCUUCUUUUGACAUAUCCUUUCUUCACAAGAAAUCAAUGGGUGCUGUUGGAGUUCACGCUAAUGUGUGGGGAGGAAUCCAUCUCUCGAAUCAGAGAUUCUUGGACUAAGAUUGUUCCAACUCUGCUGCAGAUGGAUGGUGAAGUGCCCACUGACUCUGAAGAAACUCGGAGCUACAAGGCACUUCUGUUCAUUGACACACAACUCAGGCCCGCAGGAGUAGCCUCUAAAGCUGCAGCUGCUUUUACUUUGUAUCAAGUCGGGACUGAUAUUGAGGAAGUGACAGCUGAAAAGACCUUUCCAGAGCCAAGGCUUGCAAUUUUUGCUGACAAGAGCAUGAAUGGCAUGCAAGCGUUCAUCCUUGGUGAAGGAAAGGUUCUCUUUGAAGUAUUGGGCGACAGUGUCAUUGACUCGGUUAUCAGCUUGUUUGCAACAUACUACGCCUUCUACGUCAGUUACCCCAAGCCAUCACCUGCCUCUGGUCUCCUUCUCUUCAUACAGGAAGUGUUGAUGGGUGUGAAAGAGACAUCUGUAAAAAAAACAGUGAGGUAUACUCAUCAUUCAUAAACUUGCUAGAUCAACAUUAGUUACCCCAACUGUACAUUUACUGUUACCAAGUUAUUACCGAGUUAGUUACCGACUGUAUCAAUUAUGAUUAUGUUAUAUUCAGUUUUACUUGAUAUUUAUGUAUAAUUCCGGCGUUCCUUUUGUGUAUUUUUAUUUAUAUGGUCAUAUUCUUGUAACCGUGACGUUUUAAAAUGACAUACCUCUGUUCGACACACCAAAAGUUACAGCAUGUUUCAGUUUUGACACAGUAAAAAUGACAUAUAUUAAUUUGACA